GCAAAAUUAUUACAACGUACCCAAACUCCAUGCUUGCAAUAGUUACAUGCAUUACAUGAUAUGAACAUAAAGUAAUAUAAGUAAAUCUGCUGACAUUACAGCUGCAACAUGUGGAGUGCAGCAACACUGCUCAGACUGUCAUGAGGUGAUAGGUCAUUGUCUCACUGGUUGCGAGGAUGGAUAUUUUGAUCUCAUGUGCAGUUCGCUCUGCAGCAGAGGCUGCAAGAAGAGCCUUUGUACUCUGAACGAGCGAGGUCUUCAGGUAUGCACGGAGGGUUGCAUACCAGGGUAUCAGGGCCGAAAAUGCACUGACCAAUGUGAUUCCCCAGGGGUCGGAUGUACAAAGUGUCCACACGUGUGUGAUGGCGGAUAUUGUCAGACAGAUUCAACUUGUGUUUCUGGGUGCAUUGGUUCCUAUUAUGGUUCGGACUGCAAGAACUGUUCAAGUAGAUGUAAAUCCUGCAACAGGAUUACAGGCCAUUGUGAGACUUGUGAUCCGCCUUACGCUGGACCGACCUGUGAACACACCUGCGACCAUUGUUUGGAGUCCAGUGGAUGUGACAAUGGAUGUCAGCAUGGUUGUGUACCAGGAUUUUAUGGCAAGUUUUGUGACGAGGUGUGCGGUAGAUAUUGUCAACCUAAUCCGAUUACCGUUGCAAGCAACUGUUCAGCUCCAAAAGAGACUUACAAUUGUCUAGGUGACUGUAACAAAGUGACGGGUGCAUGUACACACGGAUGUGUCAAUGGAAGAUAUGGUUCUAACUGUUCCAUCCAAUGUAAUCCCAGAUGCCUGUAUGGUAAAUGUGAUGCUACUGGAGCCUGUAUUGAGGGUUGUUCACCUGGAUAUUAUGGAACAGACUGUGGACCAUGUCCUGUCAACUGUGUCAGUCAGUUGUGCAACUCCACGAAUGGAUCAUGCACCAGUGGGUGUACAAAUGGGUCAUACGGAGAGUUCUGCGACCACUCGUGUCCAAGAUGCCUGGAUGGCAUGUGCCAUCAGUGGACAGGUGCGUGUAUCAAAGGAUGCGAGGCCAGUUUCGUUGGCGUCAGAUGUGAACAUGACUGUGCCAAUGACUGUUCCUUAGCGGACUGUAGGACAAAGAACGAAUGUGAAACAGUUUCUACUUAUGUUUUCCUGGGCGGAACCCUAGCUGCUGCGCUGAUUUUUGCAGCGUGUAUCUUACUGGCAACUCUGUUCUACUGUCGAAGGAGAAUGAACACGAAGAGAACCCGGAAUGCAACCUCGGUGGCUGAUGGCAAAACACCUUGUCCCCUAUACCAAACCCUACAUAUAUACAGUGAAAUUCGCGACAACGGCACUUCCGCAGUUUGUGAGCCAAAACAUAGUGACAAAAAUGAAGAUGCAGAUAUUGCCGUUCACGCCAUGGCUGACCACUUCAACGCAAAAGAAAACACGGAGCUUGGGUAUCAGUCAAUCCCAGAAAGUCAUUUUGGAUAUUCCGUGUCAUAUUCACACUUAAUGAAUGAUGUCGUUGUUGAUGACCCUUAUCAGCAUGGCAAAUAUCUAACUCCGGUUCACAGGCAAAUGCGAUUGGCAGUUUCACAGAGACGUUUAACUAUUUGAAUAUGAAGACAUGCUGCAGAAUCGCAUCAUCAGAAACGCAUACCAUGUUUUAGUUAGCCAUUAGCUUUGGGUUUGUUUAUUUGUAUAACUUUUUUCUGGUCAUGUGGUAGUGUAUAAAAGGAUGUUAAGCCAUUAGGUCAGGAGUUAAGUAACGGUCUUAUCGAUUAACACAGAAUACAAUUGAAACUGUUAAUGAUCUUCCUUUAAGAUAUUGAGUGACUGUGCUGUGUUUUUCGUAUAGCCCGUUGAACAAUACUUUGCUUAUACCAAGACGUAUUAAUCAUAAGUGUUACAACCACAAUUUAUACCACACGGAGAUUUGGAUUAUAAAAACAUUCAAAACGGAUCUGGAUAGGGAUCCUUCUGUACAUGGGUUUGCAUUUAACCAGACAAACUUGUGUAACUGUAGACCACUCAAAAUGGAUUCUUAAGUAUUGUAUUGAAUCUUGUAAGUGGGCUUAUGAAUUCGCUCAGAAAUUGGGUCUCCCGAAUAUAGUGUGAAUAUGUUUAUAUAAAAUAUGUUUUUUAUGGAUUAUAUCCUUCCAGAUAUGUUUUACUUUGAUCCAUCUAGUUUGUAUAGUGUUGAACCUUACUGCUUUACUGUACGUUAGCUAUCGUCGCAGUAUGUUUUAUUUUGAAACAUACUAUAUUCAUUAAUCCAGAUUAUUUCAUAAUUUUUGCUGUUAAUAAGUGUUCUUAAUAUAAUUAUGCUUUAGUGGAUACCUUUGUUCACAGUUUAUUCUGAUUUUGUAAUUUUCUUCGCCACCGCUUUGAUUUGCAUCAACAAUGCGUUAAUACGAGUUACACAGCUUGUGUUAGAAAUCAGAAAAUGAUUUGCACCGAAAGAACAUAAGGUCUGUCUAUUGACCCGGCUUCGGGUGUUGCAACACAAAUCUGUAAAUAGCCCUGUCACAUCCAGGUGCCCUGAGAAUAUGUGAUGUUUAUCAAUAUGUUAUGAUGUGUGUAAAUAUAGAUCUAAGUGUCCGUUUUAAUUUGUUAAUUUUGCAGCUUUACUUUACUUAAUUUUGCACAUGAUGUAAAAAGUACAUAUGUACAUAUAAACACAAAAUAUACUUUGAACUAUAGCUUGUCUACCUGUACUGUCCAUCGUGCCAAAAUGAUUUCUUCUAAAUAAAUGUCACUUGACACCAA